AUGACGCUUCUUGAACUUGGUCCGUGGGCACCGGCAAUCCUGGUCCCCAUAGCGUUCUUUCUUCUGCGCACUUUGCUCGCAGCCCCUCGACUGAAGCGGAAUGGCAUCCCCCUCAAGACGCCGCGUGAUUCGCUCCCAUUUGUCGGAAAUGGCAUCGUUUUUCUGCAGCCCAGGCAGAAGCUGUUCGUGUGGUUUCAUCGGCGCGAGCGGGAAUUCGGCCUGGAGACAUACCAGAUCACGGUCCCGUCGCUGCCUCCCGGUGUCGUCAUAAAUGAUCCAACGUGCCUGGAGUAUGUUUUCAAGAACGAGGCACUCUUCAACAAGGGCGCGUUCUUCAAGGAACGCUCUGACGACCUCUUUGGCCAUGGCAUCAUCAAUGUUGAUGGCGAACCGUGGAGGGCGCAGCGAAAAGCUGGUCUGAACUUUUUGAAUACGAGCAACCUUCGGGUAUUGACUGAUGUGGCUCUGCCUCGUUAUCUAAACGAAAACGUCAGAUGGCUGACAAACAAGGCGAACGGAGAGACUGUGGUAGAUCUACAGCAAGUGUUUCAUGGAAUUACUUCCCAGCUAAUGGGGAAAAUGGCGUACAACAUGGAAAUGCACGCCGGUGACGAUUUCAGCGUUGCAUUUGACUAUGCAUCGGGAGCCACGGCGGAGCGCUUCCAGAAUCCUCUUUGGUUCAUUACAGAAUUUUUCACGGGCUCUAAAUUACGGCGUUCUAUUGCUAUAGUAAAGGAGCACGGCCGAAAGAUAGUUGCGAAUGCAACAUGUCAUCGCACAGCUGCUGAGAAAUUUCCGGAAAAUUUGCCCGAGACGGACGCAAACUCGGAGCAUGAUGGCUUAGAGGAGAUAUCGGGGAGCUUGAUACAGUCUCUUCUUGACUGCAUAGGAGAUGAGAAGCUGGUCGCUGAUGCUGCUCUUAAUUAUUUGUCUGCUGGACGAGACACUGUCGCUCAAGCCUUGACUUGGACGUCAUAUCUUCUCAUGCAACAUCCGGAGGUUGUUGAGCGCAUACGUGCUGAAACAGCUGAACUCACUAGCCCAAUGGAUAAUCCCGGGGGCCACAACCCCACUCCGCUCAAGCCAUCUUCGGCACCUUACACAAUGGCGGUGUUCUACGAAGCGAUGCGCUUCUACCCACCGAUACCUUUUGAGAUCAAGCAGUGUGUCCGCGAGACAACUCUCCCGGACGGGACCUUUUUGCCAGCCUCCUCAGUCGUUGUUUGGUGCCCUUGGGCCAUGAACAGGUCUAGAGCAAUCUGGGGCCCAGACGUCGACGAGUUUCGGCCAGAGAGGUGGCUAUCUGCUGAUGGUAAAUCUCUCACCGUCCGGAGCGCAGCCGAGUAUCCCGUUUUCAAUGGCGGGGCUCGAAUGUGUCUGGGUAAGAAGAUGGCAGAUGUCAUUGCGGUACAGGUACUGCCUGCAAUUGUCACGAACUUCGACUUCAGGCCUGCUUAUGAUGAAAAGCAAGAAAGGGCUUCGAAGCAAGAUCUCGAGCACGCUUUAUUAGAGCUAAUAGCACCGAGGAUUCACCGCCCGUCGUCAAUUAACCGCGCACCUCGUCGCCACGCGCCCGCGGUCAUGGUGCGCUCCCGCAGCGCGUCCUUCUCGGACGAUGACAUACAAUUUGUCAGCUCUCAGAUGCUCGCCGAGGCAGCAAAAUCUCAGCCAAAGUCUCCGCUGCAGUCCUCGCAAGGAAAUCGAGAUGUCAUUGAUAUUACGGGUAGCCCUGCGCUCGAGUUCGGCAGGCCAACAAAUAUGAACUCGAAGCCACAACCGAAAGCGUUUUCUUCACUCUACAAAAAGGAAAAGAAACAGCCCAAUGUUUUUCUGCAGCCUCGGAACCGCCCUGAACACCACCGCGGCACAAAGGUGUCAGGGCCAAGCGCCCUCAAAUAUAACGACAUCAAAGCGCCUCCUCUACCGUUGUACAAUUCCCUCCCUGCGCAGCGCGACAGCACAACAGCUGGCUCGUCGGCAUACACUCAAUCAGCAGCAUUUGACGACAAUGUGUUCUACACAGACCCAAAGAAGGCCAAUGACGACCUCAAGGCACUGCUAGAGGGAGGCAUGGAUGAGGAGGAACAGGGAGAAAACAAAGAAGAAGGGGGCGAAGCAGAGGAGAAGAUUGACGAUGGGUCUCUCGAAGGUAUCACAGUCAAGCUACUGCCGCAUCAACAAGAAGGUGUGGAAUGGAUGAAGGGCCGCGAAUUGGGACCUGUCAAGCGAGGCAAGGUACCCAAAGGAGGUAUUUUGGCAGACGACAUGGGUCUAGGAAAGACAUUACAGUCAAUAUCGCUCAUCGUCAGUAGUCCAAAGCCCAACAAAGAUGAAAAGGGGUGGAAGAAGCAUUACGAUGGCAUCGGCAAGGGGACCCUGGUGGUUGCACCUUUAGCUCUUAUUCGACAAUGGGAGGCUGAGAUUGCAGAAAAAGUCCUACCGUCUCACAAGCUAAACGUCUGUGUCCAUCACGGCCCUAGCAGGACGAAGAGAUAUACAGAUUUGCAAAAGUAUGAUGUUGUCAUCACGACAUACCAGAUCUUGGUUUCGGAACAUGGCCAUUCAACCGAUGCUGUCGGUGCUGGGUGCUUCGGCAUCCACUGGUUCCGUGUCAUUCUUGAUGAAGCACAUAGCAUCAAGAACCGCAAUGCGAAAGCCACAAAAGCAUGCUGUGCUCUACGCUCGGAGUUCAGAUGGUGUCUCACUGGUACUCCGAUGCAAAACAACCUGGACGAGCUUCAGAGUUUGGUAUCCUUCUUGCGCAUUCCCCCUUAUGAUGAUCUUAAGCACUGGCGUGAGUACAUCGAUCAGCCCAUGAAAAACGGAAAAGGCCAUCUGGCCAUCCGUCGACUUCACAGCCUGCUACGUUGCUUCAUGAAGCGUCGCACCAAGGAUGUCCUUAAGGAGGAGGGUGCACUGAACCCCGGCGGCAAGAAAGCGCUUGAAGCGGCGGCGAAGAAGGGCGAUGGACAGAUGCCCCCUGCCCCAGCCUUCAAGGUAACGGAGCGGAAGGUUGUCACCGUUACCGCCGAGUUCUCGCCGGCGGAGCGCAAAUUUUACAACAGACUUGAGGAUCGUGCCGACGAGAGUCUGCAGAGGAUGAUGAAGGGCAAGGUGAACUACGCCAACGCCCUGGUACUGCUACUACGUCUUCGCCAGGCAUGUAACCACCCGAGGCUGGUCGGCAUCAAGAUGGAGAAAGAAAAGGAUGCACUAUCAAUGGACACGGCCCAGCCGGUGAAAUCAGCGACCGAUGCCGACGUCGAUGCUCUUGCUGACAUGUUCGGUGGCAUGGGCGUCGAGUCCAAGCAAUGCGACGUCUGCAUGAGCAAUCUCUCGAAAGACGAGGUCAGCGCUGGGAAAGUUGUCUGUGAAGCUUGUGACAAGGACCGGGCUGCAUUCAAUAACGAAGGGCCUGACCGUAGGCGGUCCAAGAAGAUUAAGAAAAAGGUUAUCAAGGAAGAGGUCAAGGUCGAAGCCAAGUCCCGCAAAGCGAGGCACCGACCUGCUGUGCUCGAUAGCGAUGACGAAGAAGACGAUGGCAGCUGGAUCGUCGGUGAGGACCAGAGAGGAUCCCUUCGUCUCGGCAAAGCAGGCGGUGAGGAAGAUGAGAAUUGCGAGGGUGGUGGUGAAUGGCUCAACACAGAGGACUCGAUUCAUCACUCCGAGGAUGAAGAUGGGAGCCGCCUCGAUAGUUUCAUUGUCGAUGACGAGAAGGAAGACCGUUCGCGGACCCAAAAUCCCGACUCAGAAGAAGACUCUAGCCUUGUGUCAGUCUCCAAGCUUGCCAGCAAGCAGGGCAGCCAACAAGCGGAUUCCGACUCCGGCUCCGGCUCUGGUUCAGAAACCGAUUCCGAUCUAGACUCUGGCGUGGAUGAGUCCGAGUACGAUUCUGCCGAUGACGCCUUUGCUCAUGAGGAAAACGGCCGCGUUGUCCCGUCGGCCAAGAUUCGACAGUUGCUGGAGAUCCUGCACAAAGAGGUCCAUGAGCACAAGUUUAUUGUCUUCUCGCAGUUCACCUCGAUGUUGGAUCUGGUCGCGCCCUUCUUCGACCGAGAGGGUUUCAAGUACACGCGAUACGAAGGGAGCAUGAAAAACGACCUGCGUGAGGAAAGUCUUCACUCACUCCGCAACGAUCCAAAGACACGCAUUUUGUUGUGUAGUCUCAAGUGCGGCUCCCUGGGUCUGAACCUGACGGCAGCUACCAGGGUAGUCAUUUUGGAACCAUUCUGGAAUCCGUUUGUCGAGGAACAAGCAAUCGACAGAGUUCACCGACUCACGCAGACAGUUGAUGUCAUUGUGUACAAGUUGACUGUUGGCAAGUCAGUCGAAGAGCGGAUCCUGGAACUGCAAAACAAGAAACGCUUGCUCGCUGAACAGGCCAUUGAAGGUGGCAUGAAGAAGAAGGAUGCACUCAAGCUUGGCCUUCAGGAAAUGUUGGCGCUGUUCACCCGCGACAGGAGUAGCGAUAUUGGUUCAGUGGUUGAUGCAGGUGGUCGAGAAUCAAUCGGAUCAUCGACUGGCACGAGGAAGCCAGUCCGCCCUCCUGUGCCUUCGGUUUUUGAGAGGCGUUGGUGAUGGACUAAUAUACUGACUGAUAUAUACCGUUAUGAACAACACGCAGGACGAGUACGAUGGGAUCACCACGGGGCGUUUGGGAAGGAUUUGAUGCAAGUAUAUAUUUCGCCGAUUCUGUUCCAGGAUGAACAUAUUCAGGCUCAUGAUUCCUGAACCUAGUUUAGACAUCGGCGAUACCGAAGCAACAAGAAGCCUUGUGCUGGCUGCCAUGGC